UGCGGUCUACACUCUUUAAGCGGUAGAGCAGUUUUACUUUUUUAGGUUCUCUGUGCGCCAUAAAUACUGGUAAAUAGAGAUUUAUUAUGCUACCAAGCCUCUUUUAAAUUUAACUCAGAGUAAUGAAUCCUUAUUAUUUUAUUGUUACACUUCCGAAAUAUAUUAAGGUAACUUCUGAUCGGAAAGUCCACUGCGGGGACAUCGAGGAGCUUAAGACACAAGUUAAAGAAUAUUUUAAUAAGAAAACUGAAGAAAGUUCUCUUAAGGAGUUAUCAGAAAAUAUAGUGGAAAACCAAAUAAGAGAAAAUUAUGAUAAGGUUAUUGAAUUGCCCAACCUUGGCGACAUUGACGUGAAGGAAAAGCAAAGUAAUAGAAAUUCUGAUAUUCCAGAAGCUGAUCAAGAAAAUUUAAAUUGUUUAAGCGACUUUUUUCUUCUUGAUGAAAAAAAGGCAAUAUUUUUGGAAGACGACAAUUCCUAUAUUGUAGAUGUUGUGAAAAUGAUUUCCGAAUUACUCGACGAGUUGGGCCUUGAGGAUUUAUUAUGGACGAGUGGCAUAAAAGAAAAUAAAUACCAAGUCACGUUUUCGGUCCCGACGAGCCGAGUCGAGUUUGUUAUGCGCCUUUUGAUCAAUAAAGGGUGCAGCACGGACUACGGCACUAUCAGAGUUCUUCCCAUCGAUAUUGUCAAGCCUGACCUGAAGCCUUCAAACGUAGAAGGAGUUUCAGAGCAAUUUAUGAAAGGCGCUAAAAGCCGUAUAGUAAUGGAUCAAGUUAUUUCUUCUGUUAAAAGUGGAGCUGAGCUAAACUUUGACUAUUAUGUUCUUCUUAUCUGCGCUGCAGUGAUAGCGGGUAUUGGCCUCGCCUCCAACUCAGCUGUUGCUGUUAUUGCGAGUAUGCUCAUCUCCCCGCUGAUGGGGCCCAUCCUUAGUUUCACCUUCGGCGCUUUUAUAUUGGACAGGAACAUGAUUAUUGUUGGCCUUCGAAACGAGCUGUUCAGUCUCUUUCUUUGCAUUUUCGUCGGCUUUCUUCUUGGCAGCGCGAUGUCUCCUUUCGGCGUGUACUACGGGUGGCCCACCCCCGAAAUGCGUAGCCGUGGCCAAUGGGACAACUUGAUCUUAGGCAUCUGUGUGGCUGCUCCCUCCGGCGCGGGAGUCGCACUGUCCAUUCUAGGAAAUAAUGCUGCUAGCUUAGUGGGAGUCGCUAUCUCCGCAUCGCUCUUACCUCCCGCCGUAAAUGCCGGCCUUAAUUGGGCAUACGCGCUCAUUGGCCCUCACCUUCAUCAGGCAAUGGCAGGGGAGCAACAGCGUCUCUGUGCUCGUCUCGGAGGCGUCAGCUUACUCUUAACCGUCGCAAACAUCAUAUGUUUUCUUAUUUUAUAUAAUUUCAAAAAUAAUAAAGGAAGUUGUGCCUGUUGCUGGGAAGUCGGAGUUCUGGAAAGAAAACCUUUCGAGUUACAGGAGCCAUGUGCGUCCGUUGGGGACAGAGGCGGACGAAGUCGCACGGGUUGCAAGAAAUGCGAGAGAUAUCACUUCUUCUACUGCCUUCAAAAGCAUUUCUACUGAAGGGCAGGAGCCUUCACUUUUUCAAAAAGAACUCUCUACCCGAAUUACUGCGGAAGAUAUAUUUAAACACGUUACAUAAUAAUUUGUCAGUGGAGCA